AGAGUGAAGGAACGUGACGUCAUGUUCAACAUUUGCAUAUUGCGGACUAUAAUAGACCUUGCUUGAUUUACUCGCCUUCACUUGUCCUCUGCGCAAUCAGGAUUGAGACACAUCAGUAGCCAGUACAACUCCGAUCCUCUGCAAACAUGUCUGACAAGCCAGAUCUCGCUGAAGUCUCUAACUUCGACAAGACCAAGUUGAAGAAGACCGAGACGCAAGAGAAAAACCCCUUGCCCACCAAAGAAACCAUCGAACAGGAGAAGAAAGCAACAGCAUGAAGCCCAAGCCUCUGCUAUGCACUGUACAUUCCACAAGCAUUGCAUUUUCACCUCUUAGCUGUGUAACCCAAAACCUAAGUUGCAUUGUGAUUGGACAAAAGCAAUGACUGUACAGCCCCUCCCUAGAACUUUUUUUUUUGUGUUUAUUUUUUUAUUUUUUUUUACAUAGUCUGAAAACAACUACUGACUGGCACUCUUUGACUAGGAGGAUGUGUUGCGUGUCUACUCACUUCCAGCACUGUCACCUGUCCCUGCUGUGUCCCCUGCUUCCAGCCACUUGUGGUUGUGAAGGGAAGAGCACGGGUGUGAUAUAUCUGCCCAACCCGGGGACCCACACUUCUGAUGUGUAAUUCAGCUUCUGGCAACCUGAAAUGCUUUCAAAUAAAGCAGUGUUUUGUUUUUCUUGUUCAAAUUGUUUUGUAUAAAUUCAAUUCUUGGAAUGCAGAAGUUUGUUUUGAUAUGCAAAUAAAGAUAUAACUCUUU